UGGAGUCUCGAGUGGGGUGGUUUGGGCGGCGGCUCUACGUCACCUAUUGGGCAAGAAUGGAGUGGAAAAGCAGCUUAUUACUGGCUGCACUGUGUUAUUUACAUGUCAGUUGCAUUGACGGUUAUGUCGAGGCAGUUAGCGCAAACGUCGAUGCGUCUCGGGCGCGGUCAGAAAAGCAGGUGGCCAUGAUCUGUGACAAAGGCGGCGCACGGUACCACAAUCAAUAUAUGGACGAUACUGGGCACUGGAUCACGGACUUGGAACACAAUAAGGGAUGCCUGAAAAGGAAAAGUGACAUCUUGGAGUACUGUGGACUGGUUUACCCCGAUUUCGACUUUGUCAGCGCUGUUGAGUCUACGCACUCUCACUUGAUUGAAAACUGGUGCAAAGUUGGCCACAAAAAGUGCAAGGAGACACUGUGGGUAAAACCCUACAGGUGUCUGGCUGAUGAUGUCAGAUCUGAUUCUUUGUCUGUGCCUGACUCCUGCAGAUUUGAUCGGAUUCUGAAUGAAUCACUGUGCUUGGACUUCAAUGGCUGGAGCAGGGUCUCAAAUCAGUCUUGCAAAGACUAUGGUAUGAUACUGGAUAGUGUCCUGACCCAUCAGCCAUGUGGUACUGGAGUCUACAAUGGGGUGGAGUUUGUCUGCUGUCCAGGAGGCAAAAAGAAGGCAAGUUCUCACUUUGGAAAAAAGUCUGCAGCACAGGCCCCAGCCUCAGAGAUGUACACAGAAGAGAUCACGUCAGAGCCUGACUCAGGUGAUGAAGAAAGUACACGGGACCCCUACUUCACCAAGUUUGAUCCUCGCAUUGAGCAUGAUGCUUUCAAAGCUGCUGAAAGGAGACUUGAGACAGCACACCGCAGGAAGAUCACCAAGAUCAUGAAGGAGUGGACUGAGUUGGAGGAGAGGUACCAAAAAAUUAAAGACAAAAAUCCCCAAAAAGCUGAUAAGUUCAAGCUCAAAAUGACAGAACGGUUCAAUAGGAUGAUGAAUGCUCUGAAAGAUCAAGGAUCUGCGGAGAAGCACCAGCUGAUCGACCUUCACCAGCAGAGGAUCAUCGCUCACAUCAAUGAACGCAAGAAAGAUGGCAUGAAGUGUUUUGUCAAAUCCUUGAAUGAGCAGCCACCAUCAUCAGGCUCAGUGAGGAGAUGUUUGAGCCACCUGGUCAGAGCCUUGUACAAAGACAGGCAUCACACCAUUUCCCAUUACAACCACCUGGUCUUGACCAACCCCAGCAGCGCACAGGCCCAGCAGGCUGCCACAGUGGAGCACUUGCACGACAUCCAGCGCAUGGUAAAUGAGAGCGUGCAAAUGCUGGACCGCUACCCGGACAUCAAGGCUGCCAUCCUGCCAGACAUAACGCGACUGUCUAUGGAACUGCGCGGACAGCAGUCCACUCCGGCUGAGCUGGUGUAUCAUGCCACCGACGCCGACGAGGAGACGCCCAGUGCGCCGGCCGCCACCAGCGCCGCGGACGCCUCCUGGACAUCCGACAACGCCAAUCGGAUUGACAUCGACGUGGAAGUGGAGCGGCGCCCGCAGGCGCUGGCCGAGCGGCGCCUGGAACCGGUCGUGGCCCACGUGCAGGCGCACGAGCACGUGCACGGCGAGGCGACGUACCGCGUGCUGGGUGCGGUGCCGGCGGCCGGCAGCGGCCGCAGCAUGUACGUGACGGUGGCGCUGGCCAGCCUGGCGCUGACCGUGGCGCUGGUGGCCGGCGCCGUGGCGCUGCGCCGCCGCCAGCGCGCGCCCCACCGGCAGGGCUUCACAGAAGUGGACCAGGCGGUGACGCCCGAGGAGCGCCACCUGGCCCAGAUGCAGGUCAACGGCUACGAAAACCCCACCUACCGGUACUUCGAGAGCAAGUAGACGGCGCCGCGCCGGCCCGCGGCCCCCGGUCGGCGCUGCUGGGCGGCGCAACCGCGGCUUACCACGUGUGGGCGCGCCAGGGCUGGCACCGCGUAGUGCUCGUCGCGUCGGUGUCCGCCGAUUCCGUUCGGCGUUCGAUGUCGAACUUGAGCCCUCGCUGUGUAGUGGCCACCGAUGCGUCAGUAGAGCAGCAGAGAGCUACUGGUCACGUGCUAGCUAGCCAACCAACCAUGUGUACGGCUAUUAGGUCUAUUUGUGCAUAAGCUUUUCAUGUAGUGUUGCUACUGCAGCUGGCAGCUGCUAGUGUGUAUGUUGCAUUCAUUACGGACGUCUGGCAGUUUCGUCUUGACUAAUCACCUUGCGCCAGAGCGUGCCAUAUUGUGUCAUGUCGACGUGACCCUUUUACCGGCCUCUAUUGACGUUAGGUGGAAGACUGACGAGAUUAGUGAGGCUUUAACGGAGUUUGACGCGCCGUGUCGUAUGUGGUAGCUAAUUGACAUUCCUACACGUUCUGUUGGGCACCAACUGCGAUCUCGACUGCAGUAUGUAAAGCUUUUAGGUGCCGCGGCCCAGGCUGCUCUCUUUUAUAGUUUUACAUUUGCUUUAUUUCUUUUAAGAUCGCGAGCCCUUUACGCUCGGCUUUGUUCAGGGUGCGGGUGAGGCGCACGUCGGGCUUCAUCGGUUCGUGCUCCGCCCAAGAGCCCGUGCCGCUCGUGGUGGUAUCGGUUCGCUCCGUCGUCAAGCGUCUGUACUCGGUACUUCCCUUCGGCUCUGACUUGUAAUAAACGCACCCAGCCAG